AUGGCUGCUCCAAGGAGAGUCACUCUUAAGGAAGCCGGUGCUCCGGACUUUAUUCUUCAACCGCUUCAAGUGCGUCAUCCAGAGUUAAACGCUAAUUUUGAACUCAAGACCACCUUGAUUCAUCUUCUACCCAUGUUUUAUGGACUCUCCGCCCAAGAUCCUGUUAGACACCUUAGAGACUUUCAAGGUGUAUGUUCAACAACUAGGCAGGAGGGUUCCAAUGAGGUUGCUAUUUGGUUGUUUGCUUUCCCAUUCUCUCUAGUGGGAAUAGCCAAAGAGUGGUUCUACACUUUGCCCGAUGAGAUUGUUAGUGAUUGGAAUUUGCUUAGAAGGAAAUUCUUAGAUAAAUUCUUUCCUCCGGAGGUGACAGAUAGAUUGAGGAAAGAAAUAUCAUGCAUUGUCCAAGGUGAAAUGGAAACUCUAUACGAGUAUUGGGAAUGGUUUCGAAGGCUUCUUGACUCAUGCCCUCACCAUAUGAUUAACACUCUAGUGUUGAUUAGCUAUAUUUGCCAAGGAACGAAACCACAAGACAAGAUCCUUUUGGAUGCUUCAAGCAAUGGUUCCAUGACAAAGUAUAGAAUAGCGGAGGAGGCAUGGCAAUUGAUCACCAAUUUGGCCGAGUCCACCCGACACGCUAGACAAAGAAACCAUCAUCCAAGAGCAAUAAAUGAAGUUUCUACUACUGGUGAGACUGAUGCCCUUACCAAGACCUUGGGAGAAAUGACAUAUAUUCUCAAGCAACUCCAACUUAAUCAACAACAACUCCACCUCCCCAAACACAACAUAGUCAACAAUUGGUCCCCCAAAGAGUGUGUAAAAUUUGCUUUUGUUACAGCCAUUACACUGAUGAAUGCCCAAACCUCCAAGGUUAUCACCAACAUGGAGGAAACUAUAAUCAAGGAGGUAAUUUCAAUCAAGGGUGGCAAGAUAACUCCAACCAAGGAUGGAGAGACAAUUAUUAUCAAGGAAGAAGGGACAAUAGUGGGAACCAAAGAUGGAACAACAACAACAACCAACAAAACCGAUACCAACAAAAUCCUCCAUACCAAAACCAAAACCAAGGAAGAGCCUACCAAACCUACCAAGCACCUCAUCAAAAGAUGGGGAUGUCUUCAAGAAGCUACUCCAAUCCCAUUUCCCACAUUGGCAAGGAAGACUAAGAAGCGACUUGAGUUGGAUCCCAAAAUGGUGGAGAUGUUCAAGAAAGUUAAGGUAACCAUUCCUUUCUUUGAUGCUAUCUGCCAAGUACCUAAAUAUGCCAAGUUUCUAAAGGACCUAUGCAUGAACAAGGAGAAGCUUAAUAAUUUAGAAACUAUUCCAUUGGGAAGCUCAAUCUCCGCUUUAAUGGAUGAUAUACCGGAGAAGUGUGGUGACCCCGGCCCUUGCCUAGUUACAUGCACCAUAGAUGGGGCCCAAUUAGUUGAUUGUAUGUGCGAUCUUGGCGCUUGUGUGAGUAUUAUGCCUUUAUCUGUCUAUGAGGUUUUGAAGCUUCCAUCGUUGAAACAGUCGGCCGCCCGGUUCGUUUUGGUAGACAAAAGCAUAAUCUCCGUAGUUGGUAUUGCGGAGGAUGUUCUAGUGAGUAUAAAGGGGUUGGUCUUCCCGAUUGAUUUCCAUAUUCUAAAGAUGUCCCCUAGUGAUUCGGGGAGGACCUCAUCUAUCUUGCUUGGAAGGCCGUUCUUGAAGACCUCUCGGUUCAAAUUGGAUGCAUUUUCGGGUAGCUAUUCGUUCGAGAUCGAUGGAAUAGAAGUGAGCUUUAAUCUUGAUGAAGCCAUCAGACAUCCACCGGAGGAUCAUUCUAUCUUCCGAUAA